AUAUAAAGCGGUCGGGUCGGUCGGACGCGGUACAAUGUUGUUGUCAGAAGAGACAGGCGGUGGACGGACUCUUCAAAACGCAAUACAGUGUUCACAACAGACGCGGAUUCGCGCUAUUCCGCUUCGUGUUUUAUUAAUGCGUACAACUCGAGCGUAACAACACGCAUAUUCAAGCCGUCCUGAAGCCGUCGGCCGAGGCUGUGUGUGUUAAGACGGAGGACUGACCGAGUUAGUCGCCGCGCGUGCAGCAUGAAGCGUCCGGGGUUCGGUUUGUUCUCAGUCUUCGUAGUCUGGACACUGUGUUCGGUGCCGUGGGCUUCCUCGUACCCCCUCGAGGAAGGAACUGAUUCGCCUCAGCUGAGGUUCAUGGAGGAGUUUGAUCGUUUCAAGGUCCUGUUCAGCUGGCACAACAUAUCCUGCGUUGUGUGUAAAACGAUCUUCGCCUCGCUUGACAUCGCGCUGCUGAGCGACUCAAACAUGGAGCGUGUGGCGCAUGCUUUAGGAGAGGCCUGUGUUCGACUGCACCUGGCCGAGCCGCAAGUCUGCCGAGAAAUCACAGAGCUCUUCCGAAACGAUGUGAUCCGUGCGCUCCAGGAGUCCUUCCUCUGGCCUUCGGAGGCUUGCGCUGUGCUCGUUGGACCUACCUGCGGUCAUUUUGAUAUCUAUGCCCCCUGGAAUGUGUCCCUGCCGCGGGUCCCCAAACCCCCAGUCAAACCGCCCACCCCUCCCAAACCGGGCUCUCCACGGAGCCGGGUCCUCUUCCUCACUGAUGUCCACUGGGAUGCGGAGUACGCCGAAGGCAGUCUUGUGGACUGUAAGAUGCCCCUCUGCUGUCGAAAUAACUCCGGAAGGCCCAGCUGGAAGCACACGGGGGCCGGAUACUGGGGCACGUAUGGCGAUUGUGACCUGCCUCUGCGCACGGUAGAGAACCUUCUCCAAAACGUAGCCAGAUCAGGCCCGUGGGAUUGGGUUUACUGGACGGGAGACAUUCCAGCACACAACGUCUGGUCUCAGACCCGGGCUCAGCAGCUGAACGAGCUCGUGACCAUCACUCGACUCAUACACAAACACCUGGGACCGAAGGUAACCGUGUACCCAGCGGUUGGGAAUCACGAGAGCACUCCGGUGAAUAGUUUCCCUCCUCCGUUUGUACACGGGAACCGCUCGUCCCGCUGGCUUUAUGACACCAUGGCUGAGGAGUGGGCGUCCUGGCUGCCGAAGGAAGCCCUGGAGACCAUACGGCUCGGAGGGUUUUACACGGUUGAAGUUGAGCGUGGUUUGAGGGUGGUGUCCUUGAACAUGAACUUCUGUGCACGAGAGAACCUCUGGCUGAUGGUGAACUCCACCGACCCGGCAGAUCAGCUCCAGUGGCUCAUUGGUAUACUGCAGGAGUCGGAGAACAAGGGAGAGAAGGUCCACAUCAUCGGUCACAUCCCCCCCGGGCUCUGCUUGAGCAGCUGGAGUUGGAACUACUAUCACAUAGUGAACCGAUAUGAAAGCACCAUAACUGGUCAGUUUUUUGGACACACGCAUGUCGAUGAGUUUCAGAUGUUCUACGAUGAAGAGACACUGACUCGUCCACUAAGUGUGGCUUUCAUCGCCCCAAGUGUGACCACUUUUAUCAACCUGAACCCAGGAUAUCGCGUGUAUUACAUGGAUGGAAACUAUCCAGGCAGCAGCCGCAUGGUUCUGGAUCACGAGACUUUUAUUCUCAACCUCACUCUGGCCAACAACCAGCCCUCAAAACCCGACCCUAACCCGUCCUGGACCCUGCUGUACCGCGCGUCUGAGGCCUAUGGUUUGUCCACACUCUUCCCAUCAGACAUGGACUCUUUGCUCAAACUCAUGAAGAGUGACGACCGUGUCUUCCAGCGCUUCUGGUACCUCUUACAUAAAGGCCACGUCUCGAAGCCCUGCACAGACACUUGCAAGACGUCGCUAAUGUGCCUCCUGCACAACGGACGAUACGACCUUCUAACUCGAUGUGAAGUACACGGAGAUAAACGCUCGGUUAGGAAGAGCUUGUGUUGAGGAAAUAAAGGAAACUAGAAUUGUAAUGGGUUUAACACCACACCAACUUCACACACUUUCGUUUUGUAGCACUUGCGUUUGUACUUGAGGUCAUCAAAAGCUGACUUGCGAUGGAUAUUGCUGUAGGUGUCUGGUCAAGAAAAAAAAAACAGCAGUUCCCGUAAAGAUGUGGACUUUAGAGCAGAGAACCAAAGUAUUACUGGUUGAAAGGGGAGCAGGUAGUGACUUCACUGAAUCAUGUGGUGUGUUAGUGCCUCAUAAAAACUGAGCUGUUUGAGCAGUUGUGGUUUUCGUUCAUGUAUUUGGUUCAGUGGGAUUUGCGUCACUCUUGAUCAGCUUGUCACUUUAGAAGUGUUAUCACUUCCUGCAUUAACCUAUAGAUUGCACACUGUAGCCUGUUGAGUCUUAUUGUAAAAGCUAAUCGUUUAUUGAUUCAACCCCAAAGAAUUAAACUCAAUUGUUUCAGUUCCUAAUGCAAUGAUAAAGAGAUUGUGAUCCUGUGAUUGUUUCUGUGUGAACCGAAAAUGGUUCUGCAACUCUAGUGGGAAAUUUUUUUUUUUUUUUUUUUAAGUGAAGUGGACUGUUUGAAAGUGCACUUUAUUAGGAAAAAGUCAAUUUAAUUGAGCAACUAUGCAUUAAAGUGUUUUAAAUUUCAGCUCCAAAUCAAUGCUGUUCACUUAAACUUUAAUAAAAUAAUUCUGGAAAAAAAACCUUCAACUGCGAGACAUGUUUAGGUAUUUCUGAAGGCUCAUGUGACACCAAAGACAGAAAAUUCUGCUUUCUGCCACAGGAAUAAAUUACAUUUUAUAACAUUGAAA